GAGAAGGCUGAAAGGCCAAGAGAAAACCCCUCCCUAUUUCUCCCUACCGGCUCUGAAGUUCAGUAGCGAAAAUGAAAAAGAUUUUCAGUUUCCGCAGAAAGCGAACAGUGAAUCCACUUCCAACCUUCGCCCUCAGGAGGAGGGACAGCGGGGUCCAAGAAUCCGAUCCUAAUUCAGGAUACCUGAUUAGGGCCAAGGACCUGGAGAAGAUCCACAAAGCUGCCUCCACUGGGGAUGUGGCGAAGGUGCAGCACCAGCUGCUGCUGAGGAAGUCAGGCGUGAACGAUCGAGAUAAAAUGAAUCGGACACCUCUACACCUGGCCUGUGCUAAUGGAUAUCCAGAUGUUGUAGCUCUCUUAGUAGAGAGACACUGCGAUCUAAACCUGCUGGACAAUGAUAAUCUAACACCUUUGAUGAAGGCAGUACGGUGUCAACAUGAGGAGUGUGCUACUACCCUGCUCGAACAUGGUGCAGACCUCAAUCUUGUGGACACCGACAACAACACGGCACUUCACUAUGCUGCCUUUGGACAGAACACAGCUAUAGCAGCAAAGCUGCUGAAACACAACAUGGACAUUGAGGGAAAAAACAAGGAAGGCUAUACACCGCUUGUGGUUGCAAUUAGAGAAAAUACUGCUAUGGUAGAUUUUUUCUUAAAAAAUGGAGCAAAUGUGAAUGCCACGGAUAACACUAAAAGGACACCCAUCAUGCAUGCUGCCAUUGGUGAACCAGUAGGCAUAGUGAGUCUUCUUCUUCAAUAUGAUGUUGAUGCCUCUUGCCGAGAUAAAUCUCGAUGGACAAUUUACGACCAUGCCAAAAUCGGUGGUCGCGCAAUUCAUUAUAAACUAAUUACUGAGUAUGGAAGACAGAAGGGACUUUAUCAGUCCCAUUCAACCCUAACCAGCAGUUCAGAGAGUGCUUUUGAUCCAGAAUUUACUUUGGGUGCAGCUGCCAUGGAUCAAAUAGAGUUUACACCAGUAUUGGAAUUUCAAGAAUCAUCACAGGAAAGUGAACAAAGUUUUGAUAAAAGUAACUCAGAACAGGAGAAAGUUACUUCAGAAAGAGUCAACAUACCAGAACAAACAGCACCUGGGAAACAAGUUAAACCACUUCAUUUUCCACUUUCAUAUCUGGAAAAAAGUCUCAAGGACGAGAAUCCAAUAAGGAAUCUAAUAGUGAUAAUGUGCAUUUAGAUGUAGAAUCAAAAUGGGCAGA